AUGACGGAACACUGGUCGUGGUUGACGGGCGCGGGGGCCAGCGAGUACACGUACAGCCCACCGACGAGGCCGAGCAGACCACCGCACCGGCCGCUGGUCAAGGUGGCCACCAGCGCUCACCUGCACACCAUCGCCAGGUGUUUUAAUAUGCUUCACGGAGAUUCGGUGAUCGACGAUAUUAUUCCGAAAGAGAUUAAAAUG